CCAUGUUUACAAGUAACAAGAUCCGACAGGCAGACUCUCAAUAUUUCAACAUAAAUGUUAUCAAUAUUAAAAAAAAAGUCUUCAAAAUUUUCUUCAGAUAUGUCGAUCAUUUUACACGUGCUCUGGAAACCAAAAGACUGUCCUGGCAACCCUGGGGAGUACCUGUUUAUAUGUUUAUGGUUCUAAAUAGUACACAAACCUAGCCAGUUGAUAACCACCUCUACAAUUCAUAACACGUGGGGUUUGUUGUUGUCUGUGUUCUAGUUUUAAAUUCGACUGUUGGAAUAGGACUCUUUCGAAUAUAAUUUUAGGAUGGUAGUUUUUACAUGUCAGCAUUGCAACGCAUCGUUGAAAAGGGUUGCAGUAGCGAAACAUUACUCCAAAGCUUGUAGAAAUACACCUCACUUAACAUGUAUUGACUGUCUAAAAGAUUUUCAUGGUGUUGACUACAAUUCUCAUAUGACUUGUGUUACUGAAGAUGAGAGAUAUGGAGACAAAAACUUUGUUGCAAAGAAAACGGGCGUUAAACAAACAGAAUGGAUUGAUGUUGUACACUUGUGCGCUAAAAAGAAUGAAAAUGUAAAGUUCAAGUUUAUCUUUUACAAACUUGCCAGUUACCAAAAUGUACCUAGAAAGAAAGCAAAGUUUUUGAACUUCAUUAAGUCAUCAUUGCCAAAAUUUUCUCCAGAUAUAGCUGUUGAAGUUUUUCAAAUUAUUGAUGAAGAAUUUGUAAAACAGAAAAAAAAAGACUCUCAAAAUGAAAAUAAUGACAGUAAAAUUGUAAAGAAUACUGAUGAGCAAAUUAGUGAUGCUAAAGAGAAUACGGGAAAAAGUGGUGAAAAGAAAAAGAAUAAAAAAAGAAAUCGUAGUAUUGAGAGAGAAGCUCCGCCAGCUGAAGAUACUGACAUAAAUGUUCCUACUGAAAAAAAGUCCAAGAAAAAGAAAUUAAAUAAUAUGAAACUACAAGAAUUAGAAUUUGCAGGUGACAUGGCUACACUAUUUAAUAUCAAAGUUAAAAACAAAAAAGAUACAAAUAAAAAUGGAUUUCUAAAUCAAACUAGCGAGAGUGUUGAUGAACAAGAAAAUCACCUUGCAGGUAACCAAAAUGGUAUUGAGAGCCAUGAAGAACCCCAUGAAACUGAUAAUCAUGCAAAAUUAUCAAAGAAGGAAUUGAAGAAACUUAAGAAAAAGCAGAAGUACGACGCAGAAUUGAAAAAUAUCGAAGAAUCUGAGUCUACUAAAGAUGAAGUAUUUAUAAAUGAAGAAAAUGAUCAAGACUCAUCAAAACCAAUUAAAAAACAAAAGAAGAGAAAGGCUACAGUCAAUGAAAGCGAGAAUGGUGGAGGGAAAAAACAGAAAAUCGAAGGCAAUGAAGAAUCUGAAAAUUGCUUUGUUGAAAAUGAAAUUAAUGUAGAAGAGGAAAAACCUCAGCAAGGGAAAGUUAGAUUUAACUGGGAGGAAAUAAUUAAAGAAGUGCUUCGUAAAAAUCCUGAUCAUGAAAUGUCACUGAAGAAAAUUUCAAAGAAGGUUCUUGCUGAGUACCAAUCUGUGAAAGGUGAUAGGGAAACCUAUGAAGAGCUAAUUUCAAAGUUUAAUAAAAAAAUAAAUAAAACAAUUGGUGUAAGAGUGCUUAAAGACAAGGCAAAAUUGUUACCCGAAGACUAGUUAUUUUGCUUGAGGCUUUGAGUUGAAAGCAAUAUAAUUUUGUUAUAAUGUUAUGGAAUCUUAUUUUAUUUUAUUUUUUUAAGUUUCCACUAUGUACAUAAAAGCGUAAUGUAUAAUAAAAGAUUAUUUUAACGAACAGUUU